AUGUACUUGCAUGACCCGCAGAAUGCUAAGAAUUUAGUCACUGAGCUGAAAUUUGUUGACAUAGAUUACUCUAUGUUUAAAAAUAUCAAGACAGAACCACUGGAUGAGCUUGCUGGUAUUGAGAGAGGAUACGAACAGUAUUUAGAUCAGAAUUUUGUUUCUGAUGAAGAAUCGCCGUCAAAUAGCGAAGAUUCGAUGUCACAGGACUCACGACCGUACAGUCUUGGAAGUGACGGUGCCGGAGACUUCUUUUUACCGUUACUGAAUACACUACCGAAAAAAUCCGAUCCCACGACCUUCAAAACCCUGAGAGAAUUUAGACCGGCAUUAAAAAGGCACAAGGAUAAGGAUUCGAACGAAGGCACGCCUGAAAAACAGUUCAAGCCUUCUUCUAGCGAACCUCAGCCUUCGACUUCGACAGCCACAGAUGAGUCAAAAAACGUAAAACUUGCCACAUUGCGCCAACUUCGUGGGCAAGUGGCAAAGGAAAUGAAAGUAAUGAAAAUAACGCUAAAGGAUAUAUUAAAAAAAUUACAUCAGAAAACAGAAAAAGAAUCCAUGGAGCAACAACCUCUCAAGGAGAUAGUAUCUGUAAAACCAACAGAACAGACAUUGAACAAAGAAACACAAAACAGGCUCUCGUUCAGUUCAUCCAGAAAAAAUCUGGAUAUCAGCAGCUCUCAGAAGAAAGUUCUCAUAAGCAUACCCAAGGAAAGAAUAAAAAUGUCUCAGGUCAUUGCUCAAUACCCGCCACGAAGUCAACCAAGAACCAUUACGCGGAAGCAUACGCCUCUGAUACUAAAAUCAUCAAAGUCAACUCAUCAAAUCAAGGUAGUACCUCCAAGCUCCCAGAAAGAAACCAGUACUGCGCUCUCAUUGGAACAGAAGUUACUGCUGCGCAAUCGGCAAACGCAACCAGUGCUGGAAAACCCAAUCAACGAGGUGGCACCAGUGAAUUCGCAAGUAGGAGCUAUCCCUCCGCUGCUUCAAUCCGCACCACGUCCAAGCACACUGUCUCCCAAGAUUCAAGACUCACAUCCAAUAAGUUCAGUGGAAACUCAGUCUCAAACGCCAGCUAUCGGCCAGCAGUUGGUACGCAACACGAUACCACAAAGUUUGAUAAGCCCACAACCAAUCAGCAAGACUCUGCAAGUUCACGACACUCAACCCAACACCUCAAAAGGACCGAGUACACCUCAGCCUGUAAGGAACGACAAAAUUACGGAUCCUCAGCCCAGCACCUCAAGGAAACCACUAUUACUACGAGUGAAAACACCUGUGUGGCUCAGUACAGCGGAUGUACCUCAACCUCGGGGAACCAUCUCAGAAUUAAUAAUCGCAAAAAGUCAAGCGGUUUUACCCCAGACCAGCAAAGCAUCAACAGCAGUGACACCUUCCGAACAGCGAGCCAACAUUCUGCAACCCAAGGUUAUUACCUUGGCUCAGCAUCAGCCAUGCCUAUUUCCGGAAACCAGUUUACUAUCAACAUCCCCAGAACUCCAGGCAGAAGUACCUGCGGCCAGCCUAGUAAAAACUACGGCCAAGGAGGUCAGUCUGCCUCAGCCAAGGGAACAUCAGGGAUCCAGUUCCAAAUCAGUUCUGAGAAGCAAAGCGGAAGUAUCUCCAAUUCCAGUCAACGUGGUCACUCUUCCUAUACCAGUGGUACCUCCGGGGAGUACUCCUCGAGUAAAGACGCUCUCUAUCCUUCAGAUAGUGCCGCCUCGAACAACAAACGCACGGGCAGUACCCCAGCCACCAUCUGUCAGUCCGCAUUCAACAACAAGACUUACUUCACCACCAGUAGUACAAAAAAUGACUGUCAAACGUCAAAUUUUGGAUAUGCCACAACAAAUAGCUUAUGUGACUCAGCAAGAAGUCAGUCAUGUAGUGGCCAGGGAUAUGACACAACAGGAAUUAACAUCUGCCAAGCCUCAGGAAGUCAGUCUAACGUUGAAGGAUAUGGCUCAACAUGACCUCCAGACUACGUCUCAGAAUAUUCGAGAACCCAGCCCUUCAAACAGUCAGACUCUAACAGAAGCUGGGACGAGGGGGAUGGACCGACUUAUUCAGGCAACUCGAUAUUUCGAUGCUCGCCAAAAGGAGAAGCACAAUAUAACUGUUCAGAAGCAGCGAAUCCAAGCAGGCAACCUCCAGGACACACAACUCAUACUACAGGCCUCGCUAGAAAUGAAGUGCACGCUACAGGAAGUCGGCCAGGGUCAACCAUCUUCAUCAACUCAGGCAGCAUCGUUACAAAAAGACAUCCCAAUCGUGUCUCCCAUGAAGACACAUCAGAUAUUAACAGAAAUCUAUCCUUGGACGCUAGAAGGGAGCAGACUGAGCACACCAUCCCCAGAAUUUGCUCAGUUAGUGCAACAGAUAACAACAGAGGUUCACAAUCCUUCGACGUUGCAGGAGGACAGCCCGGUUCAACAAAUAGAGACCAGUCCACCUCAGUUGCCACUAGAGGACUUGAUGGAUCAACUGUCUUCCUUACAAGAAACCGAUCCAACAUCACCAGAUAUCAAUCCGCCUCGAUCAUUGCUAGAGGAACUAUUUCAGAUCGAAAACCUGGAUCACUUAGUCAGUCAUAUAACUCAAAAAACCAACAGCAUGCCGACUACACCUCCACAGGAGUCGCACAAACUUCCAGUAGAGAUGAAUCUUCGUCUCCAACAAGAAAUCAGUCCUUCUCCUACCCUGUUAGGCAGUUCAUUUCUGCAUGCGAUGGAAAAGGAUCAUCUGCCUCCACAACCCAUCUGCCACAAAACUAUGUGUGUGGUGUGGACAUGUAAUUAUAUUUUUCAAUACAAUACAUCUGGUAGUAACAAACAGCAUGUGACCACAAAGAAUACUGCAAAGCUUGAUCGUGAGACUGAAGAACUGAAACACGAAACCAUUCCAUUGGACGUUGGCAAGUUGAUUCAGCAAGGGCGUCAAGCUAAAGGACUCAGACAGAAGGAUCUUGCUACAAAAAUCAAUGAGAAACCACAGGUGAUUACUGAUGAACGGAUUGCGACCAAGAGGGUCAGCGUGUCGCGCGCGCCAGAAGGGCUACAUAUUUUAACUUUAAUUAAGAUUCCCUAUUUCCAAUACGUUUCUGUCUAUAGGGGUUCAGUGAAUACAGUGUCUCGCAACUUAAUCGUGGUAUUAUUGUCUCAGCCGUUACCUUACCCUUGA